AUGCUACCUCAGUCCAGAACACGAUCCCUAUCCCUCGCUCGAUCCCCUACCGUCCUAACUUCCCCCAACAUCUACUCCGCCCACUCUUCUCAAGCAUACGAGACAUAUGAACUUUCCCGUAGAUUGAGUGACGUAGAAGAGGACGGAGAAAAAGUCGUUUCUCCUCUUUUGAACGUUCCUCUAGGUAUGGAGGAAGAAGGAAUGACUCGAAGGGUUCCGGAGAUAAGGAUGGAGAUACAGGAUGAACAAGUCUUCGAAAGGCCUGAUGCUGUUGAGAUGUUAGGUAUUGGGUUGAGUACUGGAAUGGUUGCGAUAUUGGCCGUGAUGGCGUUUAUGACUACUAUUUAUAACUGGGUUUUGUGA